AACAGAAAAUAUUUGCUAUUCUUACUGUUUGUUUUUUUUUUUCUUUUUAGGCUAAAGGACCAAGUAGUCCAACAAACAGUGGAACUGAAAACUCGGUUAAAAGGCUUUGAAACCAAUACGGAGGCUUUAUCAGAAGACAACCUGAAAGAAGUGAUUCUGGUGCUUGAAAAGGAAUUAGAAGAUGUUUCAUUUUCUUUCCAGCAGAAAACAAUGGCUCUUCACAGGCUUCAAUUCACACAUGCGGUUCGUGAAGCAGCGCAGAAGAAUGAUGAAGAAGGGAAGUUGACAAUGAAAACAAUCAAGCACUCAUUAGAUCUUUGUUCUGAGAUUAUAGCAACCCAGAAAGAAGUUCACACUUUGGAGAAUGCAGUACUCGAAGUUCAAAAGCAAAGGCUAAUGUUAAAACGAAAGAUGCAAGGUGUAUUGCAGGACAUGAAAGCUGAAAAGAGGAAGCAGCAACAAUUGCUGCAACAACUACAGGAUGAACUUCCAAAACGUGGAGAAAAGAACUUGCUAGAACACGUGAAAAUGGUGACAUUAAUUCAGAAGGUUUUGCAGGGUGUUAUUCUUUCCAGCGGAGUGAACUGGGCCAAGGAUCCUGUAUUAAAGGAAAUUGUUUUGCAGCUUGAGAAUAAUCCACUUGAUGAAGCAGAUUCAAGCAAUUGAUUUUUGUCUAAUUGUUUUCAAUGGUGAAGACCAAAUGAGCCUCGAUUUAAUGUGCCAAGUACUCAUACCAUCACUAAACUGUCUACUUUCUACCACAACCAGGACAACUAUAUUUUGGACUUAUUUUAGUGAAUACUUAUGCUAAAUAUUAAAAAUGAACGGUCACAUUUGUGUUUUAAUUUUCUUUUUCGACCUGUCUUUUAAAUUCAACUUUUAAUAUGUUGCAGUGAAAUUUAGACAAUUGUAUUUGGUCUUCAUGUUUUUUAAUAUAUAUAUAAAACUGUAAAACAAAUAUUUUAAAAGAUUUGGUGGUUAUUUAAUUUACCUCUGCAGAAUUCCAAAUUAUCAGUCAGCUUUCUGACCAAUGGAAGAAAGCAUACAAGUGAUUAUGUUCCCAUAUACCUACUGUCCUUACCUAGUCAUAGUAGUGGUCCAGAGUUGGAAGUUGAAGUUGAAUAUCACCUGGAAGAUUUUCAAAAUUUAAACAUCCCACUGUACAAAAUGAACUUUGGAUGAGCAUUCAUGGAUGCUAAUUUACUUCACUGAUUCCUUUCUCCUCUUCCCCUCACUUUAGUAUCUAAUUUUCUUGUGAAUACAAAUGGCAAUAUUAAAAUGUUUACGGUUGAAUGUCUAAUGUGUUGAACGAUUUAAAAAUGUUAUAUUGUUCAUUUACUUUCUGGAGUCUGCAAUUGCCUCUGUUAAUGUAUAAUUUUGUCAUUAAGAAAUAUAAAUAAAACAGUCAAACCCAUAA